GUAGAAGUUCUCCUAACUUUGCUUUCCUGUGUUUUGUGUGCAUUUGGGGGGAGAAGGCGAUGACCCAAGGCAGAGAUGGAGGGGAGUCUUCUCAGGAGCAGAAGGAAGAAAAGGAAAGGAGGAAGAAGAGGAGGAGGAGGAAGAAGAAAGAGGCAGGCAGGACUCGGAGGGUGUGCUCCAACCUGCUGCUACCAUGGCCUGAAAUGGAGAAUGCCCCUCCUCCAGCCGACAAUAGACUCAAGACCACCAAAUACACCGCCGUGUCUUUCUUGCCCAAGAACCUCUUUGAGCAGUUCCAUCGCCUGGCCAAUGUUUACUUCGUCUUCAUUGCCCUGCUCAACUUCGUUCCUGCAGUCAAUGCAUUCCAGCCUGAGUUGGCCCUGGCCCCUGUGCUCUUCAUCCUGGCCGUCACAGCUGUCAAGGACUUGUGGGAAGACUACAGCCGAUACCGUUCAGACCAGGAGAUCAACCACAUGGAGUGCUUGGUCUACUGCAGGAUUGAAAUGAAAUACAUCACCAGAUGCUGGAAAGAAGUAAAGGUCGGAGACUUCAUUCAGCUACGCUGUAAUGAAAUCAUACCUGCUGAUAUAUUGCUGCUUUCUUCAAGUGACCCCGAUGGCCUGUGUCACAUAGAAACUGCUAAUCUGGAUGGGGAGACCAACUUGAAACAGAGACAAGUUGUGAAAGGAUUUUUAGAACUGGAUUCUGAAUUUGAUCCAAUGAAAUUUACUAGCAUCAUUGAAUGUGAAGAACCAAAUAAUGAUCUAAGUAGGUUUCGAGGCUUCAUCGUGCAUAAAAGUGGGGAAAAGGUUGCACUGUAUAAAGAAAAUCUUUUGUUACGAGGAUGUACUAUUAGGAAUACAGAAGAAGUCUCGGGAAUAGUCAUCUAUGCAGGACAUGAGACCAAAGCCUUGUUAAAUAACAGUGGACCACGUUACAAGCGCAGUAAGCUUGAAAGACAAAUGAAUAUCGAUGUCCUUUGGUGCGUCCUCAUACUUAUCACGAUGUGUUUGCUUUCAGCUAUUGGUCAUGGAAUCUGGGUCUGGCAAUACGAUGACAAAAAGAAGCCUGUCUUUGAUGUCCCCGGUCCCAAUGGAAACUAUUGGUCUCCAGUUCAAGCUGCAUGUUAUUUAUUUUUGACAAUGAUCAUAGUUUUUCAGGUUCUCAUUCCAAUUUCUUUGUAUGUCUCCAUUGAAAUCGUUAAAGUAUGCCAAGUAUUUUUUAUUCAUCAAGAUAAGGAUUUAUUUGAUGAAGAGACAGACCUCCAACUUCAGUGUCGAGCUUUGAACAUCACAGAAGACUUAGGGCAGAUUCAGUACAUAUUUUCAGACAAGACUGGGACUCUGACCGAGAAUAAAAUGGUUUUCCGAAGGUGCACCGUUUCUGGCAUAGAAUAUUCCCACGAUGCGAAUGCAAAACGUAUAGCCAUGUACCAGGAAGCUGAUUCCGACGAUGAAGAAGUUUCCCCGAAAGUAGGGACAUUGUCCCAGCGGGACAGUAUUAGCAGUCAUCAGAGCAUUAAAGUUAUCCACAGGAACCAGAGCACCAAAUCUCAUAGACGUACUGGGAGCAGAGUGGAGGCCAAAAGGGCGAGCAUUCUCUCAAAACACACGGCUUUCAGUAGCCCAAUGGAGAAAGAUAUCACGCCUGAUCCUAAUUUGCUGCAAAAAGUAAACGAAUGUGCAAGCUACCUGGAGAUCAUGAGGAGCCAUGACCACCCCUUAUCCCAGCUCUCCCCUGAACUUUCAGACAUCUUCGACUUUUUCAUAGCUUUGACCAUUUGCAAUACAGUGGUUGUUACAUCUCCAAAUCAGCCACGACAGAAGAUCAGAAUCAGGUUUGAACUGAAGUCUCCAGUAAAGACCAUUGAGGAGUUCAUUCGGAGACUCACACCCAGCCGCCUGACCUCCGGCUCAAACAACAGCAGCUCAUCCAGCCUGGCCACUAGCAAAUCGACGCACCGAGCCGGCUCGAGCAUUGUUUCGUCAGCAUCCACUGAGAGCACUUUACUAAAACUAGAAGAGAAGCUGGUGACUUCUUCCCAAAUGAAUAACAAUGGCUAUAGUUCCCAGCAGCCCAAGUGGACAUCAGGGAAUGGGCUGGGCGAGGGAGAACUCCGUUACGAGGCUGAGAGUCCGGACGAAGCGGCUCUUGUCUAUGCCGCAAGAGCCUAUGACUGUGCUUUGGUUGGUAGGCUGCCUGACCAGGUGUCAGUAGAGCUGCCUCACCUGGGGAGACUGACCUUUGAAGUCUUGCACAUUCUGGGCUUUGACUCCAUCCGGAAGAGGAUGUCGGUAGUGGUCAGGCAUCCUCUUACGGAAGAAAUUAACGUUUACACUAAAGGCGCAGAUUCAACUAUCAUGGAACUUCUUCUGCCCUGUUCUUCAGAUGACCCUAGAGACAAACAUCAAAAGAAAAUCCGAAGCAAAACUCAGAAUUUUCUUAAUCUUUAUGCUGCUGAUGGACUAAGGACUUUGUGCAUUGCAAAGAAAGUGCUGAGCCAAGAGGAGUAUUCUUGCUGGUUAAAAAGUCACAUUGAAGCAGAAUCUUCGAUUGACAACCGGGAAGAGCUGCUGUUCCAGUCAGCAACUCGUAUAGAGACUGAUUUGCAUCUACUAGGGGCAACUGGCAUUGAGGACCGUUUGCAGGAUGGCGUCCCAGAAACCAUUGCCAGCUUGCGCAAAGCAGGGCUGCAGAUAUGGGUUCUAACUGGAGAUAAACAAGAGACGGCCAUUAAUAUUGCUUAUGCCUGCAAGCUGUUGGAUCAUGAUGAAGAAAUCAUCACCUUGAAUGCUGAUUCACCGGAGAUGUGUGCCACUUUGCUGGACCAACAUUUGCACUGCAUAGAGUCUAAAUUUUCAAAUAAAAGAGUGGGAAGAUCUACUCAGAACCUGAAAGCAAAGCUUACCCCACUCUACAUGCCAUCGUCCUCGGUGCAUCCCAGCUUGGGCUUAGUGGUCGAUGGAAGGACAUUGGCUUAUGCCCUAGACCAAGCCCUGGAAGAGAAAUUCCUUUUGUUAGCCAGGAGAUGCCGUGCUGUGCUAUGCUGCCGCUCUACUCCAAUUCAGAAAGGGAUGGUCGUGAAACUGGUCAGAAACAAGCUGAAAAUAAUGACCCUGGCAAUAGGUGAUGGAGCAAAUGAUGUCAGUAUGAUCCAAAUCGCCGAUGUCGGUGUGGGGAUCUCGGGUCCAGAAGGCAUGCAGGCUGUGAUGGCAAGUGAUUUUGCAAUCCCAAAGUUCCGGCACUUGGAGAAACUCUUGCUUGUACACGGCCAUUGGUGUUACUCCCGGCUUGCCAACAUGGUGCUGUAUUUCUUCUACAAAAACGCAAUGUUCGUGGCCCUUCUUUUCUGGUACCAGUUUUACUGCGGCUUUUCUGGGUCGUCAAUGAUAGACCAGUGGUACCUGAUCUUCUUUAACUUAUUAUUCUCAUCCCUUCCCCAAUUGAUUGUUGGAGUGCUUGAUAAAGACGUACCUGCAGAUGUAUUAAUUGCUGUGCCUAAGCUCUACACAAGCGGCCAGAAUAUGGAGGAAUACAAGCCACAUAUGUUUUGGAUGAACAUGAUUGAUGCUCUCUACCAAAGCCUGAUCUGCUUUUUCAUCCCUUACUUUACAUACUACGAUUCAGACGUGGAUAUAUUCUCAUGGGGAACCCCUAUCACCACAGUGGCCCUCUUCACCAUAAUAUUGCAUUUGGCUAUUGAAACCAAAACCUGGACUUGGCUACAUUUGUCAUCUUGUGUCUUCAGCAUUGCUUUAUUCUUCAUGGUGGCUCUCGUUUACAACGCAUCGUGCCCAGUAUGUUAUCCUCCAUCCAAUCCCUACUGGAUUAUGGAAAAGCUGAUGGGGGAUCCUAUGUUUUAUCUGUCUUGUCUUAUAACCCCUGCUGUUGCUUUGCUUCCCAGAUUUCUGUACAGAACACUUCAAGGAACACUUUUCCCAACCCAGCUUCAGCUUGGGCGCCAGUUGUCAAGGGUGCCACUAGACACUCGCAACCGACUUUUAAACAGAUGGAACCCCCGAAAGGAUGCCGAUCCCCAUAAAUGCCCAUGUGCGCCUUAUUCUCCGGAAAGCCCGCGUAUCACUGCUAGUGAUUCAUCAAGGGCCUGUCAGCAAAACAGUCCCAGAGAAUUAUCUCGACGAGAACCCACAGAAUUAUCUCAGCCAGGAAAUGAACUCUCUCAGCCACCAAAACCAAAGCCAGAGGCUACAACAGGUUUAAAUAUUCCUUCCCCUCCUCUUGGUGCUUCUCUAUGUGAAGGGAAUGGGCGUUCUCCAGUAGCUCAUGGUCAAGAAGAAAUGUCCUCGGGUUUUCACAAAGGCACUUCAGAGGUGGAGCCAACCUCAGUAGACGAAACAUUCCAGUGGACCUCAGCCAUAGACCAAUCAGACUCCAGCUUAUUGAACUGGAUCACAUCGACUCCAUUGUUUAAUGGCAUUGGAAGUGAUCUGCCCUGGUUAUCACACAGUUUACAAAGUGUCAAGCAGGACAAUACAGCUCUGUGUAACUGCAGUUCUCAAGACUUUGGAGGGUCCACAGAGCAGAACCUGAACUCUUCUCAGCAAGAAAUGAAAAAGUCUGCAGAUAGCUGCUUAAGAACGGAAUCUCUUGAAACAACUUUUUUAUGAAGUAGCUGUUAUAGCGUAUGUUUUCUAUUUGCACAAGGAGUAUAGAGUUGCUCUGUUUCCCAGGAUGAAACAGAAAAUCAAGGUACAUAGUUUUAUCUGAAAAUAAAUUUUAAGCGCAAUAUGUAAAAAACAAGAGCUUUAUAUACAAAUAAAAGGUGCAUAUAUAUAUAUUAUAUAUUUAUUUUUCAUCUCAUUUUACACACAUGCAAUGUGCAGUAUCCAAGCCCACUCACACAUCAGUGGAAUCCACCACUAGGGCAACAAGAAGCUAGCAGUUCUAAAAGCAACCUGAAACGAGCAAAAAUGCUCGUUUCCGGAGCAGGGUAGGUCAACAGAGCUUCCAGAAGGCACCUCUGCUGAUCUCUCUCGAUCUGGAACAAGGGUUUCUGCCUGUUUCCGGUAUUGCUUUUUUGAACUACUAGCUUUUCGUUUCACAAGCAGGGGGUCCCACUUGCACAACAGAUUGAGUGGUUGCAUAGUGCCAGUAUUGGAUACUGCCAGUUCCGUUCAUUUUUUUAUUUUGCUUUCGUUCUGUUACAGGCUCAUUUACCUGGUCACAGCUGUUGGAAUGAUGUGAUAACUGUCAGUUCAGCCAACAUUUGGGAGCUUGCCUGUUUUUAAUACAAUGUAUGGAGUCCUCAUGAGGUUUCUUUCAGGGAGAGGAGUUGGAUGAGGGGAAGGAAGGAAUAUAUGCACGGAGGCAAAUUA